AUGAAGUUCGGCAUGGCAUGCCUUCGUUGGUUUCUGCUGCUGGCCGUGGGUCAAUCUGCACCUGUUCUGAAGAAGGUGAUUUCGAUGCUGCAAAGCAUGAAGGAAACAGGUGAGAAGGAAAUGCACGAGGAAGAAGUUCAAUAUGCAGCCUUCUCUUCCUGGUGCGACGGGGAGAUCGCCACCAAGACCCGAGAGGUGGGCGAAAGUGGCGACGAGAUCCAGCUGCUCCAGGCAUCCAUCGAGAGCGGUGAGGCUGCGGUGGCCGCGCACAAGGAGAAGCUGCAGGGCGUGUUGGCUGAGAUGGCCAAGUGGUCCGCGCAGAAGGAGAACGCAACCAUGGUGAGGACCAAGGAAACGACCAUGUACAAGGAGACGCAUCAGGAUUACACUGAAUCAAUUCAGGCCAUCAUGAAGGCAUCCCGUAGUUUGAAGGCACAUCGGCAGGCGGAGGCGGUGAGUCUUCUGACAAAGUUGCCCCCUGCCGCGACCCGGAAGGUGGCUGCCUUCCUGGCGCUGCACCACGGGACGGGAGCGCCGGAGUUGGACGCGCUGGACUUCUCAAGCGAUCGGAUUGAAGACAUGUUGAACGAGCUUCGAGACAAGUUCACUGAUGAGCGCAGUAAACUCGAGAAGGAGGAGAUGACCCUGCACCAUGCGCAUCAGAGCCUGAUGCAGGAGUUGACCACCAUGAUGAGCCAGGCCGAGGCUGAGCAGUCAGACCUGACCCAGCGCGAGGCCUCGGAGCGGCAAGGCCUGGGCGCCAACCGCGCGAACCUGGCGGAUGCCGAGGCCUCGGAGAAGGAGAUGAAGACCUACCUGGAGCAGGUGACACAGAACUGUGCCAAGAAGGCGAAGGAUUUCAAGGAGCGCAGCAAGCUGCGUGCGGGUGAGCUCAGCGCCAUCGACAAAGCCGUGGACCUCUUGUCCUCGGAGGAGGUGGGGCGCACCCAAGGACGUCUGUCCUUGCGCCAGGGCACAGCAUUGGUCUCCCUCCGAUUGCCAGAUGCUCAACCAGCUCUCCGUGCGGCGGAAUAUUUGCAGAACCAGGCCGUGAAAUUCAACAGCCGUGUGCUGUUUUCUAUGGCCACCAGGUUGAGUAGCAACGCAGACCCCAUGGCCAGUGUGCGAACGAUGUUGAAUAACCUCAUCACCACCUUGGAAAAGGAGUCUAGUGAGGAGAUGGAGCAUCGAGACUGGUGUGAGAAUGAGAUGUCUGCAAACGAGAAGGCUCGCGAGGAUCGCACCUCCAGUGUGGAGACCCUCAAGACGCAGGUGGACUCAGCUGAGAGCCUGGUGGCCAAGCUGGGCGCGGAGAUCACGGAACUGGAAAGCCAACUAUCUGAGAACCAGGAGAGUUUGGCCAACCAGACCGAGGCGCGCAAGUUGGAGAAGAGCGAGAACGAGAAGACCGUUGCAGAUGCCAAAUCUGCCGAGGAAGCCGUAGCCAAGGCUAUUGAGGUGCUGCGAAACUUCUAUGCCAGCUCUUUUGUUCAGACUGCUGCAACGACCUCGCGCCUUUCAGCGGCUCCAAAGAUUUUCGAUGGAGCCUAUAGCCCUUCCGGUGGCGAUGCCAUCAUUGCGAUGUUGGAAGUGGUCCAGUCGGAUUAUUCCAAGCUGGAAACCACCACGGCCUCACAGGAGAUGUCGGCGCAGAAGGACUUUGACAACUUGAAGUCGGAAAUGGCAAUCUUGAAGGUCCAGCAAGAGAAGGAUGUGGAACACAAGAAAGUACAGAAGGGAGAGAAGGAGCAGGAGAUUGUGGGCAAACAUGCAGAUCUGCAAAAUGCCGACAAGGAGUUGACCGCAGCCAUGGAGUACUACGAGCAGCUGAAGGACAGCUGCCUCUCCACCGGCUCCACGGCCAUGGAGCGUGCGGCGCGACGGACCGAGGAGAUCCAGUCGCUGAAGGAAGCGAUGGAUCUCCUGGAGACGGGGCAUCCAGAUUUUUGUCAGGAACACGAGAUCAUCUUUAGUUUCUUUGACACUGAUGGGAGUGGUUCCGUGUCCCUGACAGAGUUCUAUGCAGUUGUAGAGGCCAUGGCGCCAGUGCGGUGCCUGGCAGAUCUACGCAGUAGGUGGAUCGCCCUUGGCUUCUCUCCUUGUCGGGCGAUGGAGACGAUGGCAGCACGGAAUAGUUGGGCCACGAAACGCUACAGCUGUCAGCACUUUGGACAGCUUCUGACGAAGGUUGGCGUUUGGGACUGGGAGGAGCAUGUCUACAUCUUCACAGCCGUGGCCACUCCGAAUCUGGCUUCCACUGCGGGGGUCUCAACUGCUGGGAUCUCUUUGGCCGAGAUGCAUGCAGCCUUGGCAUCUGUGUCACCCGUGCUGCUGAUUGAGGAGUGGCAGCACAAAUUGGAAGCGUUUUUUGGCAGCAUGGAGGUGGAUAUCAUGCUGAGGUCUUUUGGCAGCAUGGAUGCAGCUUAUGACGCGCUUGAGGGUGACUUUAAGGCACAGCGAGGGAAGGGAGGGAAGGCGCCGCUGGAUGUGAACAAGUUUGUUUUGAAGGCGGGCGAGAGGUGGAACAUGUCCUCGCACGAGGCAAAAAGGUUCUUCCGUCUGUGCGACUUUGAUCUGAAAGAGAAACUCACGAGGAGCAAGUUCCACUGGGUCCUGGACCUGGUGCGGCCAUCCUUACGAAUGGAACAGAUCAGGAAGAAGUUGCGGAGCUACUACAGCAAGUUGUUGGGAAAGAUUCGAUCCGUGAACCGACAGGCGAAGAUGGAGGAUUUGACGCAGCGAGUUCUGAGUGGUUUCAUUCAGCACAAAGAGCAGCCGACGCGACGUCGGAGCCGAGUGCCUGAGGACUACCACAGGAUGUUCGAUGAGCUGCAGCUCACAGAGCAGGAUAUGAGCUUGCUCUUCAACUUGAUGGACUGGGAAAACUGGGAAGAUGACAGCAACUACUGGGGUUGUAUACGGCACAUUUUCUUGGGCAACGUCAGCCUGGCCUGGUGUUCUGUGGCACGAGGACCCGCGACAUCCAGAGAAACCCGAACGCAGCUGCUUUUGGCACAUGCUCAAGACUUUUGCUCCCUCUGUGGUGAGAGGCUUAGGUCCUGGAAGACCUGUGUAGUCUUUGUGUCCGUAUUUGUGCCACUGUCACCAAAGAGGUUAAGGAGGCUCAGAAGCUGCCUCUGUGGCAAGCCAGGUGUCAUGAGUGCCUCGGGCAGAGUGAAGUCCUUCAAUGGCGCGAAGGGCUUUGGUUUCAUCGAUUGUGGAACAGGCACAGAUGUCUUCAUUCACAUUAAGGACUGCAUAGACGGGAACCAACCGGCAUCAGGUGACAUCCUGUCGUUCGAUCUUGAGCCUAGCAAGUCCAAACCCGGGCAGAUGCAGGCAAAGAACGUGAAGGGUGGCACGGCAGUCAAAGAACAGCCCGGCGGCGAUCCGUUUCCACAGGUGAAAAGCCUGGGCUCUCGCACGGGGCCAGUGAAGACCUUCAACGCGGAGAAAGGAUUUGGCUUCAUCUCUACCGACGAUGGCACUCCUGAUGUGUUCCUCCACGUGAAGCAGUGCGUGGGAUCUGUCCCCAAGCCCGGCGAUAUCGUCACCUACGAUAUCGAGCCGUCUAUCAACAGACCAGGGCAGAUGGUGGCCAAAAACGUGCAGGGUGGCACCGGUGGGCCAACUGGAACGGGUGGCUACGGAGCCAUCAGAAAUAGCAGUGACAUGUCGCACCUUAGUAGCCCAUAUGGGCAGAACGGGAUGGGGGGAAUGGGCGGCAUGUCUCAGAUGGGCGACAUGAGUGGGAUGGGGAUGAACCCACAGAUGGGUCAGAUGGGCCAAGGUCAGAUGGGCCAGGGCCAGAUGGGCCAAAUGGGGCAGAUGGGCUGCGGGUGUGGUGGCUGUCAAGGCUGUCAAGGCUGUCAAGGUUGCCAGAUGGGCCAGAUGGGAGGCUGUGGCUGUGGUGGGUGUGGGGGCUGUGGUGGCUGUGGUGGCUAUGGCUGUGGCAUGAAUGGCUGCGGCGGGUGUGGCUGCAUGUCCUCCGACAUGAGUGGCUGUGGAGGUUGUCAAGGCGGUUGCGGCGGGUGCAUGUCCCAGCCCAUGAUGGGACAGCCACAGCAGCAAGACGGCCUCGGAGGAUGUGGCGCCUAUGGCAUGUCUCAAGGAAUGAUGGGACAGCCACAGCAGCAAGACGGCCUCGGAGGAUGUGGCGCCUAUGGCAUGUCUCAAGGAAUGAUGGGACAGCCACAGCAGCAAGACGGCCUCGGAGGAUGUGGCGCCUAUGGCAUGUCUCAAGGAAUGAUGGGACAGCCACAGCAACAAGAUGGCCUCGGAGGAUGUAGUGCUUGCGGUAUGUCUCAACCUUUGAUGGGGCAACCACAGCAGCAAGACGGCCUCGGAGGAUGUGCUGCUUGCGGAAUGUCUCAACCUUUGAUGGGGCAGCCGCAGCAGCAAGACGGCCUCGGAGGAUGCGGUGCUUGUGGGAUGUCUCAACCAAUGAUGGGACAGCCACUACAAGCACCACCAGACAGCAGUCUUGCGGGUUGUCAAGCAGGGUUUGAUGGUGGGUGUGCUGGUGGAAUGAUGCAACCAGCCGCCAUUGGACAAGCACCUGCACCAGAUGGAGGGUUUGCAGGAUCCGGGGAUAGUGAUUUGUACGGAUUCCCACGGUGGAAGAAGCCCAGGGUCUCAAGUAUCUGGAGGCAACUGGGCUUGGCCCGAAACUUUACCAAAGAGUUGAAGGUCUCCCCUAUUCUUGAAGCAUUGGAUGCAGAAAUGGCUCAUUUUUGGAUGGGAGUUUCUGGAGGGCUGAAGAUUCCCAGGCCUAUGGCUCUGAUCAGGUCAGAUGUGGUGGAUGGCAGCAGAGUCUUUGAUGUUUUCGCUGGCCUAGUGCCUGGCCAAGCCGCCAAGGCGGCAGGAGCACGACGGGAGGCCACCUUGAUUGCGCCAUUGGCGGCUCUCUCCUGCAGUGCAACAGGCGCUAACUUCCUGGAAGCCUCUAGGCUCGGACGACUCAGUGAAGCGCAACUGAACCAGGUGCUCCACGAAGUCUUCUAUGAAAGAACUGAAGUUCAGGUCAAAGCAUCGGUUCUCUUCGAGCUCAUUGAAGACUCACAGGGCGAACGACACGCGCCCAGGGGUCUUUCGAUCUCAGAGUUCUUAGCGGCUGUGGGGUCAAUGGGCUCCACAGAUGGGCCUCCAGUUGACACCUCGCCUGGGGUCCCAGGAUGUCCCAGGGGUGAAGCGGGGCUGGUGAAACUGGGGGCCCUAGAUGAAGUCCAGAUUCAGGGCAACCCGUUGGAAGGUGAUGACAUUGUGGACCUCUUCCGAUCCGAGCGCUUCGCCUUCAGCACGGCCCUGGACAUCGGCACGGGCCAGGGCUCCACGGCGGCGGCGCUGGCGGUGAAUUUUGGAAUCGUCCUGGCCACGGAGACCCAUUGGGAUCUGGACAUGGGGGGGUUUAUCCUAGACAGAAGCAAACUGCUGCGGGGUGAUGGAAGGUCCUUGAACAACAUCGUGAGUAUUCACCUAGAUGCAUCUACACCGUAUAGUUUUGGUAUUUUCGCCACCCAAAACAUCAGUGCUUGCGUCAUCGAUGCCCAACACGACUUUGAACACAUUUGUCGAGAGACCUUUGCAGUGUUGCGACAUAUCCCUUGCUGCGUGGAAACCAUUGUGUACCAUGAUUACUGUGAUGCAGAAGUGUUCCAUUCCGUACAGUACUUUGUCUUGGCCGGGCUUCUGGCCUUCCGUACCAGCAUCGGCACACACAAUUGGGAUCCAGUCUGGUGUCGCGAUGGACGUCCGGAGGGUGCGGCCUUGCGGGUUCUACGCCACAGCGAAGGCUUUCAUGACAGGUUGGAAGCCCUGUAUCAGCAUUUCAUGUCACCGAUCCGCUUGGCCGAUCCAUUGACGCAGGGCUUCCGGGUCCAGGAACGGCUCCAUGGCACCACGUGGCUUCUGCUGAGCACCGCACGGAAACAACUCUACCUGUUGCACUUGGCUUUUCAUCCAACUGCUUCGUUGCUGGUGCCAUUGCCACGGUCAGGUGAAGACUGGAAGCUCGAGACAGUGCUUUCCUUGGGCAGUGCGAAGGUUCAUGGCAUGCCCAGUCACCGGAAUUUGCUGCUCCUGAUCAUACCCAUUUCGGAUGAUCCUGAGUCCUUUGCCUGGGCUGAGCUGGAUCGGGACCUUAGCUUGAUGCAUUUGCGCAUCGAAAGGGGCGACGGAGACGCCUGGGAAUGCAUCGGUUUCCAACAGGAGGGCUGGAGUAUGGAGCUGCAAAAACUGAUGGACAACUUCCUACACGUCGAUGCGUCGCUGAAUCGUGCCGCAGGUGGAUCUUUCUUUCAGCUCAAGGAUGGUGUAGGGCCCGAAGGCCGCGAGGCCAGGGCUCAGAUGGAGGCACGAUCUCAGUUCGAACCCUUCACGAGCUAUGCCGUGGACCUGCGCAGUGCAGUUCGGCAAAAGGUGAGCACGACGGCUUUGCCGAAAAGUCUGGUGACGGGCAACAGUUCAGAGCCCUUGAGCUAUGUGAAUCUCAGCAGUGUGGUGGAGGUCCCAGAGAAAAAUGAAGAAGCGCCUGCAGAGAAGCUCCGCACCUGGGAGGACAGGCACCAAAAGCUGGAAACCCUGAAGUUGGUGAAGGAUCAAGCCUUGCGGGAGAUGCUGGAGCGUGAAGUCUGCCUGGAGGACACGCCUGUGGCUACCUCUGUUGCUGGACCUGUUGCUGCGGUCGUGGUGAAGCGUCAACCGGGAGCUGCGGAGUUUGAGUCUUUUUAUCACCAUAUGGAGGAGACCACUCAGUAUGUCCCAGACGAGGAGUUGGUGGAUCGCAUGCGUGGCUACUUCCGCGAUGCGAGUGGAGUUGUCGAGACGCAAACUGCUCUUCUGUCGAAGAAGCAGAACAUCAACAGCAGCCACAAAAGUUUGAGGAGGGCCCUGUCCUUGAAGAGAUCCAUCAAGGCAGAAGCCAGGGCUGCCAGAGACGUUUGA